AAUAUGGCAGAUGAAGUUAUAGGUAAAAGAGUGAUCUGCGAGGGAUUUCGCGGAGUAAUAAAAUAUGUCGGGGAAGUUCCUCCUACCUCAGGUGAGUGGUAUGGUAUUGAAUGGGAUGAUCCGGAUAGAGGCAAACAUGAUGGAACACAUGAAGGGGUGAAAUAUUUUGAAUGCAGGCAUCCAAAGAGUGGCUCCUUUGUCAGACCAAAGAAAGUAGACUUUGGUAUCAGCAUCAUAGAUGCGCUAAAGGAACAGUAUGGGCUGGGUGGGGAUGGAAUCAACCCAGAGGACAUGUAUGUCAUAAGCGGUAAGAACAAGAAAAAGCCUGUAGAGAUGGUUGGCGCAGAUUCUAUUCAGGAAAAACAAAGCAACUACAAGGAACUAACAGUGGUUAGUCUACGAGGAAUGGAAGUUAGUGGACCAGAUAAAGAGAGUGAAUUUUACACAAUAGCACCACUCGUAUCCGAGUUUGACCUGUCUGGUACUCUUAUAUCGUCAUGGAGUGAUGUUGCUUUAAUAACAAAAAAUUUACACCAACUACAGACAAUUCAUCUUAAUGAAAAUUUUCUAAAAUUACCUCAAAACCCUGAACAGCUGAUGCCAUCAUUUAGCACAGUAUUAGUCAUGUUUCUCAACAGAAUGAAGCUACAAUGGAAUGAGGUAGAAGUUAUUGUAAGCAUGAUGCCCUCACUUAAAGAGCUUCAUGCUUGUCACAACUGCUUGAACAAUCUGAGGGAAAAAGAUGGUCAACUCACUCAGCUGCAAGCACUCCAGAAUAUAGAACUUCUCAACCUAGAGGGAAACAAGCUAUCAGAUUGGAAAACGAUUUUGAGACUAGGGCAUUUAUCAAGACUGAAAUGUCUUAUUUUAAAUGACAAUGGCAUAAAGAGUGUUGAAUUGGGAAACAAGAUCCAAGACAGGACAGAUGGUGUUCCUCUCUUCUCUUCAUUAGAAUCUCUCUCCCUAAGCAACAACAUAAUAACUGAGCUACAAAGUAUCAACGAGUUGAAUCACCUUCCUUCAUUGAAUGGUUUACGCUUCAAAGGGAAUCCUCUCUUUCAAGAUGAAACCACGUUUGAAAGUCGUCAAGAACUGCUGGCACGUGUUCCUUCACUAACAUCCCUCAAUGGAAGCCCGGUGAAUUCUAAAGAAAGAGAAAUAGCAGAGCGAGCGUAUUUGAAGAAAUACGCUACUUCAUGGGUUAACGCCGGUGGAAUGCCUGGGAAAGGAGAGAAAAGUGUGCUAAAACCUGAAUUUAUCGAAGCUCACCCUAGAUAUGAAGAACUCGUUAAAGUUCACGGUGUUCCUUCUGAAGCUGAAAGAAACCAUUCCUCGUCAAAGACUCUGAAAGACUCUUUAAUUUCUGUGACAAUUACAUGCCCUGAUGCCCCUGAUAAAAAGUCUGUCACAAAGAAAUUACCUGGAACUAUGACAAUCGGAAAAGUCAAAGGAUUACUUUAUCGAUUGUUCAAGGUGGAUAGCUCUGAUCAGAAGUUGUCUUCGGUAGACAGCAAACUGGGUCGGGAGGUGGAUUUAGAUGAUGACCUCCGACAACUUACGUUUUAUUCUGUGCAAAGUGGAGACACUAUCUAUCUUCGGUGGUGAUUAUUACGCGAUGACAAGUUUCAGAUGAAAGCUACUGUUACGACCUCGACCAAAGUAUGCAUAGCUUUCUUACACGAACCAGUCACGAUUGACUUUUCAGCGCUCCCCCUCCCUUAUCCACUCCCUCUUUUCCCUUCCAUCCUGGGAGGUUGUUAAAAUUGAGCAAGUCUGUUCGUUGUUACUC